UUCAAUUUCAACGUUUCAUUUUUAUGCUUUUUAUUAACGAAUGAUUUAUUGUAUGUUCGUGGUACGGGCUCUGUGCCACGAUGUGCAGUAAUUGACAAAUGGCGGGAUGUGGUGUGUAUUAGUACGUGUGCAGCUAGGCUAUCGCGAUCACUUUCUUCUAACAUAUGGAGGAAACAGGGUCAGACAGUGGAUGGGAGCAAGUCUCCAAUACUGCAGGCCUCGUGUUGUCAGUGGAUGAGACACUAGUUCACUUUGGAGAUAACGAUGGCAUCGGCGAACCACAGACAAAGAGGGUAUGCCUUGCACAGGCUGUUGGCGACGGCAAAACCUACAUGAUAACGUUAUCCGACGACGGAACAGAUGCUACUAGUAGCCUGCUGGAACAGCUGCAGGACUCACCGCAGACUGCUGGUGUGUCGACGGAUGCGGCUGCUAAGGGGGCUGCUGGUGACAGCUCGACCAAAGAGGGGGAGAAGUUCAACCAGUCGUGGUUCACAACGAAGGAAGACAAGCACGCGUUGCAGAACAAUGGUGUGCAGUGGAAGCAAGGCCAGUGGGCGAAGGAAGAGAUCUCUAUUCUCCAGGAAAAUAUUGAGCAGUACUGCCAGAGUCUCGGCGUGUCCGACCCGGCAGAGAUCAUUUUCGACAUGAGUAAGGACGAGCGUAAGGACUUCUACCGCACCGUCGCAAAGGGCUUGCAGCGCCCCCUGUUCUCCGUGUACAGACGCGUGAUUCGCAUGUACGACAACAAGAACCACAUGGGAAAGUACAAGCCGGAGGAAGUGGAGAAGCUGCACCAGUUGCGAGCGAAGCAUGGCAACGACUGGGCAGCCGUCGGCGCUGAGCUGGGCCGCAGCGCGUCGUCCGUCAAGGACAGGUGUCGUCUGUUCAAGGACACGUGCAACUCAGGGAAGUGGCUGGCGGAGGAGGACGACCGACUCGCGGAGGCAGUCUACGAGCUGACGGGGCGGCGGCACGGCGAGAACGUCACGCAGAACAUCUCGUGGGCGGCGGUCGCGCAGCGCGUCGUCACGCGCACGGAGAAGCAGUGCCGCACCAAGUGGCUCAACCAGCUCAACUGGAAGCAGAAGGGCGGCGCUGAGUGGACGCGCAGCGAUGAUGCGACCCUCAUGAGCAAGAUGAAGGAGCUAGGUGCCAAGGAGGAGACAGACGUGGACUGGGUGCAGCUGUCAAAGGGCUGGAGCAGCGUGCGUUCGCCACAGUGGCUGCGCAGCAAGUGGUGGAACCUGAAGCGUCACAUGCCCGCUUACCAGCUCAUGCCGUUCCCAGAUAUCGUCGAGCACCUGUAUGCGGAGAAUGUGCUUGGCUGUCGGAUGACAGAGGCUGGCUCCUCGUCGUCGCGCACCAAGCCCAUGCCGCUCGUCAGGACUGUCUACACGCUCGGCUCCGACGCGGAGUUCACCUCGUCUGACAGCAAACCCGAUGGAAUCAUCGUGUCCGCGGUGUGCUCACUGAACGACGAUGAGCAGGCAGACUCGGGCACUGACGAAGCGUCGCGCAUGGCUGCCUACCACAUCCUACCAGAGACGGAAGGAGAUGACCAGCAGUACCUGAUAGCGCAGCCGUCGGGCGAUAGCAACUCCGCCGACACCAGGCAGAUCAUCAUCCAAGCACUGCCGAGCAAUGAGAAUGUGACAGUGGAGAGCACCAACCAGCUUCGUCACAUCAUGAUCGAUGCUGCUAGUGGUGUCGCACUCGGUCUCACGGGCGACGGAAUAUCUGACACCGACCUUCGCGCUCUGGGAAUCGCCACCGAGGGAAGCUCCGGCGCGCAGCUGGAAGCUGUGGCACACGAGGAGGAUGAGGAUGCUGCGCUGCAGACAAAGCAGGAUGAGGCCCUGACGGAUGCGGGAGGUGGCGGCGGCAGCGAGGCGCUCUCUGCGCACGGCGGAGAACAGCCGAGGAAGAGCGACGUAAACGCGGCGCACGAUGACGCGCAGACGAUGGCGGCGCAGCAAGCCGGUGAUGCCGAGAAGUUUCACUCGGGGGAGGACACUGCGGCGGGCGCGCUGGCGGUGAUGGUGACGGAUGCAGGGAACUUCAAGGAGGCGGUUGCCACAUCGCAGUCCAGUCCCAACUCUGACAUGCUCAGCUUACGUACAGAUCCGAUGGUAGCAGGAAGACAGAGUCCUAUCCUCGAUACAGCAGCAACCACCAUCAUAGACACGGACUAGUGCACCACACAACCUAACAGCAGCAACCACCAUCAUAGACACGGACUAGUGCACCACACAACCUACGCAAGCAAACAGUCCUGUCGUAUACACAGCCAUGACUGACCAGUGCACAUGAUACUCGUUGCAAAUUGCUUUACAGUGCUGCAGUAACUGUUUAGAAUUUUAAUAUGAAUUCAUGUUUAUUGCAAGAGAACAGUUUUAACAGUAUAGGUAUAGUAGUUAGGUACUCUCUGUGGUGGAGGUGAGCUCCUGAUCUCUCUGUUGUAAAAAUAACAUGCAUCACUCUGCAGUUGUGUACGUCACGCCCUCAGGAAUGGAUGUCGGCAUCAUAUUGUAGUGCAUUCUUGUAAACAAUAUGUAUCAGGUAAUCCUUAGAACAAGAACAGAGCUAUUAAACUAUAAUACCGAAUUAAAUAUA